AAAUUGUACUUUUUCAAAGUGGAAACAUUCUUGCGUCGACAAGAAGGAAGGGCUGGUAAAAAUAGAAAUUUACGGUACGAUGUUGAUGGGGACUUCUAGGAAGGGACAGCCGGGCAGGUAAUUAAAAGUUUAGUCACUUUGUUUAAUAUGUUGUAGUGUGCACUUAAAAUCUGAAUAUCGUUUCGUCUUUUGGGAUUUUCACAAAUAUUCCUGUUUAAGUUCGAAUGUUGUAGUAGUAUAAACUCAAGAGGUAUGUUCUGCAUGUAUAAAACACGUGAGCCUAUAUCUCGAUACAUUGUUCAAUCAAAUGUUGCUUAGUUUAAUAUAAACAAAGUAGAAAAUAGAAAUCAAAAUAUACUAGAUAUACAGAACGGAUAUUAUAUGACACUGUACUAUAAUAAUACAUGUAUAAUGUACUGUAGAAAAGAUAUGGAGACUUUAUAGUAAAUAUCAAAUGAGACAUGUUCAUAUAUGAGUAUAUAAAUAGAAAGUCUUUAUUUAUCAUUCACAUGUGAUGUAAAUUUAAGAUACAUGACAAGAUGGAUCCUUGGUCUGGUUGGACCAAAUCCACACUGCAGAGUUGGUCAAAGACUUUAUUUAACCUAGAUUUAUUUAACUUGCUCCCCAAGUUUCUAUUCUUGGGUUUCACUACAGCAUUAUUCAGUGAUUCUCAGACCUGUCAAGUUUUGAAAAAUUUUAUGUGGGAAGGUAAUUUCCUUAGGUUAGUGUCCAUGAGUCGCCACCAUAGUUGGCGCACCCAGGGGGGAAUUUUGAAGUUUGAGUUCCCCAGAUUGCCAAAAUAUUGCCUUUCUGAGGGUUUUCUUCCUCCUUUUUCAAAGCACAAACCUUAUGUGUUCAUGCUAUAAAAAUAUGAAAUGUUAGCGUCGCUCCUUCCCAAACGGCAAAAAAUAGCACUCCUCAGGCUAAGGAGUCUCAAGACUUCUGGGUACUGGCAUUGGCAAAAAGAAUGCAUUGAAUAUUGUGCAAAUGAAAAGAAAUGGGAGUGAUAUUGCCCCACAGGAAGAAACCUCGACAAAUUAAGUUUAAAAAUGUGGGAAGAAAGUUUCUCAUGCGUGAUGCUGAAAGCAAACAAAAAUGCGGGAAUUUCAAGGUAAUUGCAAGGUAAUUGCGGGAAACUUGGAAGGUCUGGAUUCUGACGGGGGGUCAACCUCAAAUGUAUUGAUGCUUAUGCUGUACUGGAAUGAGAAAAUGAUACGAAAUUCCAUGUCUUUGUCACCAAACACAAGUCACAAAACGAACAAUCGACUCACUCUGAUAACUGUGUUUUGUUUUAGAGUUGACCCCCCGUCACUUUUGUGACAUAUGAAACCCAAGAAUAUACGAUUUUAUUUCAGAAAGCACAUAUGGUAUGGUUUGUGUUAAUUAACAAGAUUUAUAUUGCAUGAUGAUCAAAGCAAAGAUGAUUAUUUAAAUAUUGCAGAGCUUGCCAUCAAAUAGCUUAGCUAAAAUGCAUCAAAUAGCUUAGUGAUAUGCAUUAGCUAAAAUGCAUCAAAUAGUCAGCUAAUUAAAUAUCAUGUAUGUCUGUCUUACUUACUAAUACAUAGCCAGCCGCAGGCAUGCAAGCCACCAUAGAUCACUAGGGAUGGGCCGAUAUCGAUACCAAAUACUCAAUACUAUUGAUACCAGGGAGCUGAAAAAAGUAUCGAUACUGGCAACAAAUAUCGAUUGUUCGAUACUUCUGAACCUGCGAUAUUCUUUGGUCAGUUUUGGCAUAUAUAUAAUGUUAAUCUUACAUAAUGGAAGCCUACGAUUUAGAAGUUAUGUAAUUAAUUACCGGUAAUUAAUUAAUCAGGAAUUGAGAUUAGCUAACAGUUAAAGCCCAUUGGGAUUGUGGGAACCACAGAAAAUAUAGAGUGAGUCACAUGCAGGAUUUGCGCUAGAUGACACUGGACCUUCAUAUUUGAGAUAUUUAUUGUUUUCUCUUGGUAUGCAACACUAAACAAUUCUGCUUGUUAUUGUUCUUCAGUGGUUGGCUGUAUAUCACUAUAACUUACUACGCCCACUAUAUAGCUACGCAGUAAUGAACAUGCAAAUCCCAACUAAAACCUUUGUGAUUAUACCCCAGUUGUAAUUACCUUGUAACAGUGCCCAGCCAAUACCCUCAAUGACUUAUGGAUAUUUUUAAGGAUAAAUCCAAAGACAUAAAUUACAUAAUGGCAUCAAAUGAUAACGGUGAAGAAGAGCCUGUCAAAGAACAAAGUGAGGGCAAGAUGGCCAUACAUAUGAACAUUGCAGCUCAUCAGCUUCUCUCCAAGUUACUGAGACCAAAAUCUCCAGAACAUGACUGGGAAAGUCUGGCUGAUCUAAUGCGAUUUAGCUAUGAGGAGAUCCUGAAUCUUAGAUGUGAUUUAGAUCCCGUUGAAUCAAUAAUUCGUCAGUGGGAAAGACAGUCGGAUGCAACUGUUGAUAAACUUCUCUCAUUCCUAAAGGAAAUAGAAAGAUUUGAUGUGAUUGAAGAUCUUCAACCAUUUAUAAGUAUGUAGUGGAAAUUAUUAUUUUAUGUUCUAAAUAAAUAGCCAGUUACAUUAAGUGUGUGAAUAUAGAUCAACAUACCAAUUUAAUUAAUAUGCCAACUGAUGUAGUUGGAUUUACCUAGACCAAUUUCCAAUUUACUAAUCUUUCUUAAUUGUACAGUACCACAGUAGUUUACAUUUUGGAGUUUGUGAGGUGUGUUGUUUGGAUUUGCUUUAUUUCUUGUUGUAAUCGAUCUGAUCAUGUGACAUGCAGUCAUAGAAAUAAUAGACAAUAAUGUCUAUUAUUUCUAUGCAUGCAGUUGAUAGAUAGAAAAACUUUAUUUAUCCACGCUAACCCUGUCAAUCAAAGCUGAUUUCCACAGGGGGCGUGCAAGAAGAAAAUUACAUUAGUAGAAAAGAAAUUACAGUAAUAUAAACGUAGUUACAGGAAUAGUUAUUUACAAAUAGUAAAAAGUACAAAUAUUAUAGAAAUAGUAGAGAAUAGUUAUUUAUGAAUAGUAGAACUAUUAGACUGUAUAUUUAUUUAGAAAAUGUGAGCAGCAAUAUUCUUUUGAAUGCAUGACAGAGAUUUGCUUUCCCUAAUUCCAUUUGGAAUAGAUUUCCAUAGUCUCCUGCGCAGACGUUGUUAGUGGCCGAGGCCCCACCUAACGUCUGCUCACAUUCGCCAUACAUUUGACUUCCCGGCAAUUAACCAAUCACAAUCAUCUACACGAUAAUUGGAAGAUCGACCUUCACAUGCAUGGGCUAUUAACAAGUCUGUAGUAUUUUUAAAUUUGAAAGUUUUAAGUCCCGUUUACACUACGCUCAAUUUUUGGUAUAGCACGGAUAAAUUGGUACCAGUACCACUUUUUUGGUAAAAAAGAUUUCCGUAUAAAAUUGGUACCUGUACCACUUCUUUGGUUCUUGGACUACCUAACUAGGUAGUCCAAGAACAAAAAAAGUGAUAUUCGAAAGAAUCAAGAAAAUACCAGAACUCUGAAAAAUCGGGGUUCCGGCCGGAACCGAGCUCCGGUGCACACCUAUCUACAAGUUAAAAUUGGUAUAUAGUCCGAAUAUAAUUCAGCUGACUUGUAUGAGGCUGCUUGUGAGAUUGCCCCAUGCACCAGUUUUGAGCCCCCCCCCGCCCUUGCUUGAGAAAAUUUAAGAGAAUGUUUCUGAAUAUGUUGUUAUUGUUGUUAUUCCAUCUUUUCAGGUGAAACACCUACACCAUCAUUAUAUGAAGAAAGAAGAAAGAAGAAAGGUAUAGUGGUCCUGUAUUAAAUAUAUGAAAUUAAAACAUUCUUCUAGAACUGUCGGUAAUGACUAAUGUGGUCACCCAACUACAUAUAGGCCUAAUAUUUUAACUGUUAAAAAAAUUUAUUCCAAUACAGUUUCAGAAAAUUACAGUCAAAGUCCUGCUGUUGGUAAAUUACCCAUUGAACUGGAACAAUUAACUGGUAUUUAUUUCAUUCUUUAAAGUUUAAGUAGUGUAACAGCACCUUUGUUCAAACUCUAAGUAUGUUUUUGUUUUGUCAAGUCGUUAUAGUACGGUUUUAAUUCGGAGAACGAAGCUGUGUACUGGCUUAACAUGUCAAUUCAAUUCAAUUUCAAUUUAUUUAAGUUUAAGUUUCACAAUACAUUUUCAAAAACAACCAUAUCCCGCGAUUUUAUCAUUCCUUUAUUUCCUUUAGUCUCAGAUGAAAUUUUUGAUGGAUUUAUUUGUUAUGCGAAAGAAGACAGAAGCUUCGCACUUGAGAUACUCACGCGGUUGGAAGCUCCUCCAUAUUGUCGUAAAAUUUGUAUCGACUUUCGUGACUACGUACCAGGAAAUUGUCGAUUGGAUCAAACAGCUAAGAUCAUAGAACAUCGAUGUAAACAUUUAGUUGCUAUUUUGUCGCCAAAUUUUACAAAUUCUUCAAAUGCUGGUUUUCAAGUCAGGAUCGCGUUGAAUUUAUCCCCAGGUGAGUCUAACCUGCAACGUUAAUAAACCACUAGGAAAGAUGUUGUAAUCUUUGUCGAUCUCACCCUGUAAAAAGUAAUGGGC